UCUCACGCGGAAGUUGCAGCUCGAGUGCUGGGAACUAAAAACCCAAAACAAGAAACAGAUGCGUUACUCUUAAAUAAUACUUCUGCAUUGUUUUGUAGUGCAAAUGAUGCGAAUCCUUCUCUUCAAAAAUGAAUAGCGCUUUGAAAAACUGGAAGCAGACGUGUGCAGAUCUUGCGCCGGGUUUAGACCUGACAUGUGGAAUAGUGUUUGUGAUUGUGCUGUCGUGUUUAUUUAGUGUCGUACCAUACUGUUUAGAUAGUUCGGAUCACUUUUUCAGUCUGGAGUCCAGUGCUGUCAUCAGCGGCCAUGUCUACCAACUCAUCACCUAUUUCCUCUACCACAAGAAUAUGGGUGAUUUCCUCCUUGGUGCCCUCUUGAUGGUGUUUCCCUGCAGGGGUUUGGAGAAAGGAGUCGGGAGUGUCAGGUUCCUCCACCGGACUCUGCUUCUGUCCUCCAUCACUGGACUCCUGUAUGUGCUGCUGGAGUCGCUGUUGAUCUCUCCCUCCAACAGUAGUUCAGUAAACGGCCUCGUCCCAUUAGCUCUGUCCGUCCUGGGAAUGAUGACUAUCAAUUCUGGCAUGAAGGUGGCAUAUAUAAUGGGCAUAAAUGUACCUACUCCUUCUCUACCCUGGAUUUUUCUAAUAAUCAUAACCCUGUUCGUUCCAAACACGGUCUUCCUGUGCAACGUCUUGGCUAUCGUCACAGGGAUAUUAUAUGGAAUGGGAUGGUUUUCCCUGUUGGAGAUGUCUGAAUCCACAGCUUCCAUCUUGGAGAAGAAGAUCCCGUUUCGCUUGCUGAAGCACAUCCCUGGUGUCCAGUUCAUCCCUGCUUCAACUGAGGAACGUAAAAAGCCACUUGAUCUCUCAGAUGCUCCACCAGGGUCGUACCCAGUCCAGACGUAUUCCCUGGUAAAUGCCACCAACGCUCAAGUGGUAGGAAAUUUGCCAAACACAUUUAACGGCUGGCCCGUCUCAAUGCAUCCUCAACAGCAGCACACAUUCCCUUCAGCUCACUCCGGAGCCCCCAAUCACGGACACUCUCACGGUCAUGGUCACAGCCAUGGACAUCAUCAUCAUGGGCACAGCCAUCAUAACACUAGCAGCCCGUUUAUGCCAAUGUCACCAUACGCUCAUCCUCAGUUCAGGCCUCCAGUGAACAUGACGGGGCAAGACUUCAGUAAACUACCUCAGCCAGGAGUGCCAUUCACACCUCACAUCUCACCUACUGCCUUUCCUACAGCAACUGCUAGAGCCUCAGAGUCUUUAUCCUCAUAGAGAUUUAAUGACUUAUCUGAUGGUCACUGAUUUGCUUGUUCAUGGAAGCUUAUAUCUGCCACAGAAAAAAGGGUCAUUUUUACUUUUUAUAUCACAGUUUUGAUGUUUUUUGUUUGGGUUUUUGUAAUUUAGUUUUUUAGUAAGUAAAAAGUACUUGGUAAGUAGUUACUUAAUUUUCUAGUAAGUAAAACACAAGAUAAAGGAAUACUGUUGAUUUUACAAUUCUUCUAGAUUUAAGCAGUUGGGUUUUACCAUUUUUAAAUCCAUUCAGCUGAUCUCCGGGUCUGGUGGGAGUACUUUUAUCUUAGCUUAGCUUAGCAUAAGUCAUUGAAUCUGAUUAGACCAUUAGCAUCUCACUCAAAAAAUAAGAAAAAAAAAAACCGUAAUGAUUUUCCUAAAAUAAACUUUUUAAUUUUCCAUCGAUCUUCGUAAACAAUGUAACUACGGAAUAUUAAACCUUUAAAUAUAAACGUUAUCGAAACAUUUGAUUUUUUUAUGAGCAAGAUGCUAUUGGUCUAUUCAGAUUUAAUGAUUUAUGCUAAACUAUGCUAAAAGUGCUUCCACCUAACGCUAACCCAGAGAUUGGUUGAAUGGAUAAAAAAAAUGGUAAAACUCAAAUGUUUAACUCUAGGGGAGUUGUAAAAUUUACAGAACUUACAGAAAACCUGGAGUGUUCCUUUGCUCAUUAUGUACUUUUUCCUCAGAAUUAGAGCUGGGAUAAUAAAUCAAUGUAUUGAUUUAUUUAUUUAUAUAUACGAUUCUUAGAUAUUUUGUAAUGCAUCGCAAUUCUCUGGAAUCAAUUCUCAGCUUAGUUUUUAACAGCAGAUGAUGCUCUAGAUUAGUUUUAAACAACAGAUGAUGCUCUAGGCUAGUUUUAAACAGCAGACUGCGCUCUAGGCUAGUUUUGAACAGCAGAUGUCGUUGUAGGCUAGUUUUGAACAGCAGAUGUCGCUCCAAACUAGUUUUGAACAACACCAGAUGUCGCUCUUGGCUAGUUUUGAACAGCAGAUUUCGCUCUAGGCUAGUUUUAAACAGCAGACAGCACUGUAGGCUAGUUUUGAACAGCAGAUAUCACUCAAGGCUAGUUUUGAACAACAGAUGUAGCUCUAGGCUACUUUUGAACAAUAGAUGUUGCUCUAGGCUAGUUUCAAUCAUUAGACAUUGCUGUAGGCUAAUUUUAAACAGCAGACAGCACUGUAGGGCAAUUUUGAACAACAGCAAUGGCGCUCUAGGCUAGUUUUGAACAGCAGAUAUCACUCAAGGCUAGUUUUGAUCAUUAGACAGUGCUGUAGGCUAAUUGUAAACAGCAGAGGGCACUCUAGGCAAGUUUUGAACUGCAGAUAUCACUCUAAGCUAGUUUUGAACACCAGAUGGUGCUCUAGGCUAGUUUUAAACAGCACAUGGUGCUCUAGACUGGUUUUGAACAACAGCACAUAGCGCUCUUGGCUGGUUUUGAACUACAGCACAUGGCGCUCUAGGCUGUUUUUGAACAGCAGACACCGCUCUAGGCUAGUUUUGAACAACCGCCAAUUACAUUCCAGGCUAGUUUUGAACAACAGAUGUUGCUCUAGGCUAGUUUUAAUCAUCAGACGGCACUGUAGGGUAGUUUUAAACAGCAGAUGGCGCUCUAGGCUGGUUUUGAACAACAGCAAUAGCGCUCUAGGCUAGUUUUGAACAACUGAUAUCACUCUAGGCUAGUUUUGAACAGCAGAUGUGCUCUAGGCUGGUUUUGAACAACAGCACAUGGCGCUCUUGGCUGGUUUUGAAUAACAGCAGAUGGUGCUCUAGGCUAGUUUUAAACAGCAGACACCACUCUAGGCUAGUUUUGAACAACAGCCAAUUGCAUUCCAGGCUAGUUUUGAACAGCAGAUGUCGCUCUAGGCUAGCUUCGUGAGCACUGCAUGUGUUCAUGAGUCAUGUGUUGCAUAUGGUCAGAUGUACUUGAACCAAGGUUACAUUACACAGGACUUAUGAAAGACACAGCUCACUUUGAAACACGCUUGUAUUUUCCUCAAAGAUUUCCUAAAUUUAUCAAAUAGUGUUUUAAGUUCAAGUGGGUGAGGGUAAGUAAGGAUUAGCAGGGACUAUAAAGCAUACAGCAUCAUUUGUUGAUAAAAACUAAGCUCAGAAUCGAUUAAAGAACGAAUUAGAAAAUCUCAGAGAGUCAUUGCAGGAUUAUUUCUUGAUUUGCAAUGCAUCGAUUUAUUGCCCAGCCCUAUUCAGAAUUGAGUUUAUAUCACAAAUUUGAGCACAAAAUAAUUGGAAAGUGCGAGUGAACAUUUCAAAAUUUCAAGACAAACUCAUCGAUCUGAAAAAAAAAAUUAUAAAAGGAAUUGUAAGUAAAACAUUUUGCAAUUGCAUGGAUUCUCCUAGAAUUACAAUUAUAUAUCUACUAAUUCUUUUUACAUGGAAAUUGUGCAAUUGUAAGUUAAGAUCACAUAAUUGUGACGUAAUUAUCUGAAAGUUUAUUCUACAGUUUUAUUCUACUUCACAACUUUGAGACAAGAACUGUAAGUUAGGAUCUUGCAAUUCUAAAAUAUAUAGAAACAUAAGUUGUUGAGGUAAACACUCACAUUGCAAGUGAACUCAUAAUUUUGACAUGUUUGUUUCUCAGAUUUAAAAAAUGAAGUUGCAGGUUAUUAUCUCAUAUGUAAAACUCAAGAACUGUGAUAUAUUAACGCUAUAUUGCAAGCGGGGGGAAAAUGUCAUAAUUGUGAGAUUAUUAGUUUCAAUUACCCUUUUAAAUUUUAUUAUCCCAUGAUGGAAAUGGCUUCUGUAUUGACCGCAAGUCUUGUUCCCAGAAUUCAAAUGGCUCCAGAUGUGCACUUUCUACCUUGAUGUUUUUUUAUUUUAUACAGCAGUUACUACUGAACCUUUAUAUCUUUUUGAACAUUAAAGAAUGAAAUGAG